AUGACCAGACCAAAGGCCACCCCCUCUAAGAAACGAUCAACCGCCUCGAAGUCGCGCGGUACACCCGACACACCAGGCUUCGCCAUCGUCAUUGAGAGCCCACACACCUUUUUACCGAGCCGUCAUGUCACGCGGAAGGCCAGGCGUGCGCCCAAGCCCGCUGCUCGCCCUCAAGGCGACUCAGUGCCACGCAGGGAGGACCACGACGGGCAGGCGACGAAGCGACGACAGCGAAACUCGGAGCAGGAACCUGAUGUACAGUCCCAGCCGCCUCCGAAGAAGCGGCCGCGCAAGCGGGAGACCGAAGAGCACCAAGACGUCCCGCAAACGCUCACGGAGUCCCCGGCUCUCGACGCUCUCGCCUCCAAGGUCCACCUGCUACCCGGGCUAGAACCCAGAGUCUCUGCGUCUGGCUCCUCCGAGGACAUCCCUCUUUCCUCUUGUCUGCCAUCCUCAUCCGGUGGCGGGCACGGAGUCGCCACCGCCACAGCUGGAAGGGGUCGGAAAGCCGCUACGGGGUGGCCGAGGGGCUACCCACAUGUUACGGGAUCUUACAGCUUUUCACCGAGUUCGCACUCUCUGGCCAGGGGCCUCGUCCCCCUCACAAAGGCCCUCCUCGCGGCGUGUGGCUAUGACGACGAGGAAGGUUUUCAGCCGCCCUGCGGUCAUGUCUCUCCCUCUCCCUCUCCCUCCCCCGACAUCGACCGGUCUCCUCUUAUAGUGGAGCCUGCGCCUCUCAUAGCAGAGCCUACGCCUCUUAUAUUAGCGCCUACGCCGUGGUAUUCGUACAACAUGCGCCCUCAGUGGCUGGUCGACUCGCCUCCAGCGGACAGCGUGGCGCCACUGCUGGAGGCGCUGACUCCCAGGACCGUUUCGCGGAUUUUCGACGAGGCCGACCCGCGCGCAGUCGAUCGCUUCGUGCAACUGUGUCGCCUCAUUCACGACCAGUGUCUUCUCCCCGACCCUCUGCCGCCCACGUUCACGAGUCUCGGGGGUCACCCUUACGGCGGCGUGUUCGAGGACUCCCGGGCCUCCUGUACCAGCUACUUCCCUGGCGGAAUCCGAGACUCCCGCCCCGUACCAUUGCUCUCCUCAUCUAUGAGCGCUGCAUACAAGUCUCUGGGCGACUUGUCGGGACUCGACUGGAUUACGCCACCAGCGCUUCCUCUCACUUUUGGCUGGACACCUCCACGGUCCUUCUACUUCGACCCUCCCGCAGCGCCGGAGAUGGCUUUUACAUAUCAAGGGAGCUGGAGCGCACCUCAAGGCUCUGCGUUUGCACCUACAGCCCGUGGAGCGGACUUGCCCAUGCCUCCGCAGCCCGGAUUCUCGCCCCGCAGCGAGGCCGCUGUCAUCCUUGCGGAGCUCGCAUCUGGCAAGGCUCGGUCGCACGCCGCCACACGCAUGAACAUGCGCCAGGCUAUUGCACCCUCGAGGAAUGACAUGCCGCGACUGUCGAUAUCUGAGUCUAGCGCAGAACGUCGUCAGUCCAGGCAGGUCGAGUCGGGACUGGCGCACUGGCUCUUACCUCCGAGCUGCGAAGGGCAGUUUGGGGGGACAACUUCAAGUUGCUGGCGCGGGCGGUGA